AUGGAUAUCAAUCAACGAUUUGAUACAAUAAUAAAUGAUUCAAUUUUUGCAAGAAAAAAUUUAACAAUAACUACACCUGUUAAUGAUUUAAAUCAAUUGACUGAUCUGAUACUUGAUCAAUUUUAUCUUGAAAUUAUACCUAAAAUUCAUCAUAAGAUCGAAUGGAUUCAUGUUGAAUCAUCAUGGCUUGAACCUAUUCUUCAGGUAAUAAAUUAUCCUAAUUUACAUGGACUUGGUUUGUAUAAUCUUGCAUCAAAACGAGCAAAAGAUCUCUUUACUGAUAACUCAUUUUAUUGUCAUAUUUAUUCGUAUCCAUAUAUAUGGUCAUAUUAUAAUAAUAUAUCGAAUAAUUUUCGUGGUGGAUUAUUUAAAUAUGUUCGUAAAAUUUCAUUACGUGAUGAACGUUCUUUUGAACAUGAAUUUUUUCUUCAAAUUUCUCAUUCAUUUCCAUUUAUUGAAGAAUUAAGUUUACGUAAUUAUCAACAGCAAAAGAAUAAUAAUCAACAAUGGUCAAUCAUACAAUAUUCUCGUCUUAAUAAACUUGACCUUGUUUAUAUUCAUGAAGAUUAUGUUGAACAAUUUUUAAUUGAUACUAAAACUUGUUUAUUAAAUAAUGUUUUUCUUUGUGUAUCCUAUGAUUAUUUACAAAAAGUAACGGAGAAUUUUACAAGGGAUGCAAUGCGAGUUAAUUGUGCCAAAAUUAACCGUCUAUUUUUGCAUCGUAUGCCACUAAUUUUGGCUGUAGAUUUUAAAGACUUUUUUCCUUAUGCAAUAAUAGAAUGA